GUGGUAUCACAAGAACGGCCAUGUUUCCGAAACACAAACAACAAGACUAGAAGGCAGCACACACACACAUACACAUACACGCGCACACACUGAUGCGACCGUUGGAGGAAAGCGAGGAAGAACAAAAAUACGACAUUGGCCACGGAGCACGGCUUCCCGGGAGUACCAUCGUGUCGAGAGAACGCGUUGACGAGUGUUCGCAGAGCGAUGCGUGCAGUAAAUCGGCUGUAGGCGACGCAGCCUGGCUGGUGGUUGCGAUUCGAAACAAGUGAAGUGUCGCAAAGGAAAGGAGGACAGGAAGUCAAGGCGUUACCUGGAGGCUCGUCUCCACCAGUCCACAUUUUAGCGAGCGAGAAAGGCGCCAAGCUAAGGGAAGGAAAGGAGGACGAGCACGGGGAAGACGAGUGCGAGUCGCAUCUGCUCUCGGCAGCUGUUCAGCAGCCUGUUUUCUUUUUCUUUGGGGCUGUGAUUUUUUUUUUUUUUUUAACGUUUGCUUUUUUUUGAUGAACAGGUUCAGGUUAUACGUUUAAAUGUGAGAUCAAACUGCUGUAAAAAAAAAAAAGUCAACAAAAAGAUAUAGAGCGCAAGAGAAAGAACGAAACAAAUACUAGCAAUUUUUGUUCCAUUGAUAAUUUCCAAAGUUCCUUUUUUUUCUUCUUCUUCUUCAAUGUUUUUACAACCUUAACGGGGCUGUGAGUAGCAGGAGCUUCCAUUCUCCAAUCUUGUCGUCAAAGCCCUUCCUUACCAAGCACGGACUGAUAACCUGGUACCCCUCAAGCACCUACAACUGGCAGCUAUUCUUGUGGAUGUGUAUUUUUUGAGGUGGGAGGGGGGCGCCCUGUGACCACAGCUUAAGCACCACUCGGCCUUCAAGUCACCCCAAGCCUAACGAAACCAAGCCAGCUCCAGCCUGGUCCUGCCCAGUCCAGCCCCGCUCGCAUAUCUCUGGACGGGAUACUCACUUCUGUGUGGACGGGAGGAAUAUGACUGCUGAGACUCUCAAUUUCGGCCCAGAAUGGCUCCGUGCACUGUCCAGUGGGGGGAGUGUGACGUCCCCCCCUCCUUCCCCCGCCAUGCCAAAGUACAAGCUGGCCGACUACCGCUACGGCCGAGAGGAGAUGUUAGCACUUUAUAUCAAAGACAACAAGGUCCCAGAGGACAUGCAGGAUAAGGAAUUUGCUGCUAUUCUGCAAGAUGAGCCCAUGCAGCCCCUGGCACUGGUGCCUCUCACUGAGGAGGAGCAGAGGAACUUCUCCAUGUCUGUGAAUAGUGUGGCUGUCCUGCGGCUCAUGGGAAAGGGGGCGGGCGGAGCCGCCCCUGCCGGAGCGGUGCGAGGACGAGGCGCCACUCGAGGCAGCAGAGGGCGGGGCCGCGGGGAAGGUGGAUUCUACCAAAGAAGUAUUGAAGAUGCUGAGGUUGGUUUCGGGCGAAGCCCUAGAGAGAUACAUCGUAGCCAGAGCUGGGACGACCGUGGUGAGCGUCGAUUUGAGAAGCCGCUCCGACGGGAGGUGGGCCGCCCAGGCUUUGAGGAGUCCCCCGGUCCCGGAGGCUCUGGAAGGAAGGAGCACGCAAGGGCCGACAGCGAUAACUGGCGUACGCUCCGGGAGGAGCAGGAGGGGGAGGAAUGCGAGCCGGGAAGUAAUUGGAGACUCGCUGGAACCCGCAGGGACGAUGGCGGCCCCCGCUCAGCAGGCUGGCGGGAUCACGGCUGUCCAGGCGAGAGUCGUCGUCGCAAGUUCGACUUUGACUUCGGGGGUCCCGAGAGCCAGGGCGGCCGCCGGCGCGCCGGCAGCGACGGGCCGGAGGACGACAGGGACGGCCUGCCCGAGUGGUGCAUGGAUGAGGAGGAUGGAGGAAUGGGAACGUUUGACUCCUCUGGCGCCUUCAUGCCUCUGAAGAAGGCUGGCAAGGAGACAAUCCUGGAGGACGAGUUGGAGUUCAAGGGCAUUGAGGAGGAGGAAGAGGAGGAGGAGGAGGAGGAAGAGGAGAGUCUUCCUGACAUGGAGAGAAAGAAUGGUGACGGAGACAAAGACAAAGAGAGUAAGGAAGCCCCGUCAGCUGCAGUCGAUGGCGAGGCAAAGCCGGUGGCGCCUUCCUCCUCCCCGCCCGCCCACUGUGCCCCUCCAUCCCUGGAGCCCCCGCCCGGCAACGGUGGCCCAACAGCGGACGCCGCUCAUCUGAGCAACAGCCUCCCUUUAAAGGACAGCAGCCCGCCAAGUGAAGAUUUGGUGGCUCUGGCCGUCGGCUCCAAGACCCAGGUGAGCCCAAGCUCCGCCUCCUCCUCAGCGCUGCCUCCACCACUGCCAUCUUCCGCUGCUCCCCUCCUCCCCUCGUCUGGGGUCGGAGACACCGAGGAUGACGAGGGCAUGAAACAUCUCCAACAGGAGGCGGAGAAGAUGGUGGCGUCGCUGCAGGACACCUCUUUGGAAGAGGAGUGUUUCACGCAAGCUUUGCAGCAACAGCAGCAGCAGGAGAGCAGGAACACGGCAGCCGCUCUGCCUCUGUCGCACGAGGCCGCCAUGAAGUGGUUCUACAAGGACCCGCAGGGGGAGAUUCAGGGUCCGUUCACCACGGUGGAGAUGUGCGAGUGGUUCCAAGCCGGCUACUUCACCAUGACCCUCUUGGUCAAGCGGGGCUGCGACGAGGGCUUCCAGCCCCUGGGCGACGUCAUCAAGAUGUGGGGCCGCGUGCCCUUCGCCCCGGGGCCCUCCCCGCCGCCCCUGCUGGUGAGACAGCCACCACCGACGCAGCGCCCGCAGCCCAGCCGCGGGCCCGCCGCGACUGUGAGUCAGAGCUCAGCCAACAUUGACCAUGGGAAGGGGUGGAUGCAGAAGGGAGGGAAGAUGGGAAACUUGGACCAGGAGCGUCUGAAAAAACAGCAGGAGCUGGCAGCGGCAGCUCUUUAUCAGCAGCUCCAGCAGCAGCAGUUAUUCCAGCUCAUUAACAGGUGCAGUGAGCAGGGUAUGAUGCCUUCGAUGAACAGGUCGAUGUCAGUGCCAGAUACAGGGUCCAUGUGGGACAUGCAUACCUCAGCUUCACAGCCGUCAGGUGGUGAAGCCAGUCUUUGGGACAUAACAAUGAAUCGUUCUACUCAGGGUCCAACUCUGGAACAGCUUCAAAAGCUCCAGCAGGAGAGGCGAGACGCUGAACUCAGGGCGAAACGGGAGGAGGAGGAGCAGCAACGCAAGAGGAGGGAGGAGAAGAGGAGGCAGCAGGAGGAGCAAAAGAGAAGGGAGGAUGAGGAACUCUUCCGACGCAAGCAGCAGCAGGAUCUGAUUUUGAAGUUGCUGCAGCAGACUCCCCAGCAACAGGGGCCGGUCGCGGGCGGCUCCAGCUGGAGCGGGGCCUCUUCCGCCUCGCUCUCCAAAGCGGGGAAGGCCCUCUCUCUGCUGGAGAUGCAGCAGGAGACCGAAAGACUUCUCAAGCAGCAGCAGCAGCAUCAACAGCAGAGAGCCCAGCAGCAGAGGGAGCGGCACGCGGGCAUGUCGAUGGGGAGUUCCUCCAUGGGAAGCCAGUGGGGAGACGGCGUCGGCAUCUGGGGUGGGGCCGGAGGCAUGGAGAGCAAAAGCGGCGGCAUGGGCAUGUGGGAAGAGGCGGUGAAGAACCAAGCCAGCCUGCGCGGCAACGGCAACAAUAACCUGGGCCUAAAGAACAGUCGGAGCAGCCCUUCACUCAGCGAGCAGUACAUGAUGCGUCGCAAGCGCACGGACGAGGAGGAGAAGCUGCUGAAGCUGUUGCAAGGCAUGAAGCCUCAGGACGGCUUCACCACCUGGUGCGAGCAGAUGCUGCACGCCCUCAACACCUCUGCCAGCAACUCCUCGUCCCUGGACGUUGCUACGAUUGUGGCCUACCUGAAGGAGGUGGAGUCUCCCUAUGCAGUGUUGGACUUCAUCCGCUCCUACCUGGGGGACACAGUGGAAGCCAAAGAGUUCGCCAAACAGUUCCUGGAGCGACGUGCCAAACAGAAAGCCAACCAACAGAGACAGCAGCAGCAGCUGUCAAAGGAAGUGGCUGGCCUGAACAUGAACUUCCCACUGCAGGACAUGCGAGGUAUGAACGCUAGCACCCUGCAGUCCAUGUUCCAGGCCAAUCACAUGAGCAAGGCUGGUCUCUAUGACAACCAAGGAGGGAAGAUGAAAAAAAAACAGCCCAUGAUGCUGCACUCUGAUCCCAGCAUCUUAGGCUACUCAUACCACAAUACGCCUGAGUGUCUGAGCCUGAAUGAGAUGGAGAUGGUGGAGGAUUACUGAUGUGACGCAGCGCAGCAGCAAUAGCUACCUGAGGCCUUCUUGUCUUUUAAUCAGACAAACCUGAUGAUGAAUGUGCACUGCUAGGGGAACCCGGGGGCUGGGGGGAAGGGAGCAGGCCCAAGAGGAGGUACGAGGCGCUCGGGGAGGUGUUGUUGUGGGCGCCACUCCUCUUGCGCUUGCGACACAAAAGGGGCUCCCUGCUGCACCAGUUGAGCAGGGGCGAC